AUGCAGAAUGCGGGUCGGCGCAUGCCUCGUCGCGGCGGAGACGAUGCCUUCGCGGCUUGUUCUCCUUCCUCCGCUGUUUUCAAGGUGCAGCACCCGAGUUCCCUGGGGGACUCUGCGUGCGGAAACGCCGGCGCAGGUCUCGGCUGCGAGAGAUCGACAGCGGCGAACCCGAUCGUAGCGCCGCUGCCUCGUUCGCCGUCGCCGUCCUGGGCAGCAGCAGCCGAACCCCCCUUCUCCUCUUUUUCGUCUGAUUUUCCGCUUGCUUCUUCUCUCGAGCGGCGAGUCAUUCAGCGAGACGUGCCACAGUGGCUGGCGACUCUCCUGUCUUCGUUCCUCGUCGCGGACAGGGCGAGGGGCGAACCCGCGUGCGCCUCGGCGUCGGAUCGGAUUUCGCCUUCUUCUCCGUCUGAUUCAAACUGUGCAGCUUCUUCUCUUUCUUCCAAACUCCCCCAGACUUUCCCGCCGGAAGACUCGACCCCGAGUGCCUCUUGUGGCGUUUCUCUCCAUUGCCCCGUAUCCUCUUCUUGCUUCUCUUCUGCGCUCAAUUCCGCCGCGCCUUCUUUUGUGGCGCAUGCUGUCUCUCCAUCGUCUCCUUAUUCCCCACAUGCGUCUUCUGCAUCUUUUUCUCAGAAAGAUCAGUCUUCUUCUUCUACACGGCCCCGUUCUCUCCUCUCCUCAGAGCAUGCCUCCGCGCCGCUUUCCCCCACCUCCGCCGCGGCGGAAGCUGGCGCUGGAGAGGACGCAGAGCGGCGCUUCGAGAAGUUCGUUUUCUCUUCUCUCGCCUGCCGUGCGACGCCGGAACCCCCGCGAACAGAGGAAAAUCGAAUCUGCUUCGCCGAAGACCGCGCGCCGCGGGGGAAGGCCCCGCCAAAACCCAGGGAAGCCGAGCCGAUCGGGCGCGGCAUCUGUCGCCGCCCCCGCGAGUUGAAGACUUGCGCCGCCGCUGAAGCGCGUCCGCAGACGCGAGGAGGGAAGGCGAGCGACUGUCGAGGCGGGCAGCGCAGAGGUGCCAAUGGGAGAAGCAGCGAAGACGGCGCAAACGACGCCGCCGCUGGAUGCAUGCUGGACGAACUCGCUGAGUUCUUGAACGAGGCGCGAAGGCGAGAGAAGAAAGAAGAAAAGGGCAAAGAGCCGCCGCCCGUGGAGGCGGAGGCGGCCUCGGCGGCUCCUUCCCCUGCGGGGAGCGCGACGCGUCACGAUGCGGAGGAGAAAGCGUCCGUCUUUUCCUCGCGCGCGCUCGCUUCCUUCACUCGCCACGCUCUUCGGCUGUGCGCCUCUAGAGCCUUUUCUCUCGAGGAAGGAGCCGAGAUGGCACAUCCCGAUCCUCGCGCCACUCCCUCCCUUCCGGCGUCCUCAGCUGCUGCUUCGGUGCCGACGAGCGGCCCUUCGCGCGCCGCCGUCUUCCCUCCCCGGUGCACGGAAGAGGGUGUUCAGCUUCGCCGCCGACUCCUCACAGCAGCGACAGCUGCAGUGCGCCUUCUACUUGCGAGGCACGCGAAAGCGCCAACAGAAACCCGCGAGAAAGGAGGCAGUUCUGACGCGCGCGCGAGCGACACACCGCAUGGCGACUCAACUGCCGCCGCGACCCUUUUGGCGACGGCCGAGGACUGGGAUCUGCUCUUCGCGGCUGCCAUCACUGUCGUCGAGGCGGUGUACGUACACCUCAUCGACGUCGGGGCGCCAGAGCCGCUUCCCUCCCCCGUGUCUCCUCCUUCCUCGUUCGCGCCCUCCUCUCCGUCUUCUUUGUCUUCGCCCUCGGGGCGAGCGGCGCGGCGCCCUGCAGAGUGUGACAGCAGCACCUGGCGGCGCGGCGGGAGCUCUGCGUCGCUGGCGCUGGCCUCUCCGCUCUCCGCCGCCGCCCGGUCGGCGUCUGCUUCCCUACCGGCGGUAUUUUGCUUUGCGGGCGAACGCACCAUGCCACCCAGUUCCUUUUUUCGCGAUCCCAUCGUCAUUGCCCGCGUCGUGGCUGCCGGCAAGGUCGCCGCUGCGGACUCUCGCCUGUUCGCGCCGGAUCUUCCGCGUCGCAGGACUUCCGCGUGCCUUCUGCUCAAGAGUCUCUCUCACUUCUUCCAAGAAGUCUCUCGCCUCUGUCUCUCUUCUGCGGGCUGCUCCGCGUCUCCGGGGUCGGCGGCGGCUUCCUCUCCCGCGUUGUCCGCUGUCGCGGAGAAGAGCGCACUCGCCGGCGGAGAAGCGGUGCGUCUUCUGCAGCUUCUGCAGCCUCUCCUGGUCACGGGCGCUGUGUACGUACAUCCCGCUGGCGUCGCGCUCCCCUCCGGGCCCACGUGCCACGGUGUACGUCCACCCGGUGUGGACGGCGACGGCAGCCUGUCGUCGGCUUCCUCGCGCUCGUUUGCCUCGUUCGCACGCUCCCAACCGAGUCGCCUCUGCUCGUCGUCUGUCUGCCUCUCUUCUGCAGAAGAGACCGACACGCAGGACGAACGAAGCAGCCACAGCUUCUUCGGCAACUUGACAACCGGCGACAGCGAAGGCGAGAGAGGCACGGUGCACUCCACUAAAGGCCAACUGCGAGGACUUCGCGAAUCGGCUUCUCUGCACGCAGGCGCGGCCGCGAAACCGCGAGCAGCCGACCGGGACGGGGCUCGGAGUCGAGGAGAGGGCGAGGAGACAGGCGAUGAGGCGGCGCGGAAGCAGCGCAGGAGCGGCGCGGCGGGAAGCAGACUCGGCCGCAAGCGAGAGAAGAAAAAGCGCGAAGGCCGACAGCCGGCUGGGGCAGACGACAGCGGAAAACUCCGUCUACUCGCCUUUGCGUGUUCCCAGUUUCUGGUGAGACUCGUUCCGAGGGCCCUCUUCAGAUCCUGGCCUCUCCUCCUUACCUGCAACAACUUCCGACUCCACCUGCCAUCGUCCGCACCGUCUUCUUCUCUCCCUACUUCUCUGUCUUCGUCUUCUCUCGUGCACGCAGGGGUGGGCGCCGGCGAGGCGCGGAUGGCGGAGGCUGAGCGCGUCGGGCUCGGCGGCGGCUCCAGCGCGCGGGUCGCCUCGCAUCCGCGCUGCUCGCCGUCGCUGCGUCCGCGUCGCGAUGCCUCGUCGGCGUCUGGCACGUCUGCGUCCUCAGGGAUCUGCGGCCGAGACUCCGCCGAGCGGGCGGGUGGUCUGCCGCCGGGCCUGUCGCUCUUCAGUUCGACUGCGGGCCUCUGGGCAAUCGACUUCCUUCUCCCCGAAAUGUCUUCUCUCCGCGCGCCGGCCUUCAUCCUGCAGCUCCAGCAGCAGCAGCUGUGGGGCUUCGUGGCGCGGCUGGAUGGCGACCCGAAGGUUCGCCGCGCGGCGAUGGACUUCCUCGUCGCUCUCCUCGAGUCUUCGCCGCUCAAGGCCUGGCCAGCGGGGGUGCCCCUCGAGGCUGCGUCGCCCUGCUCCCUCUCGUCUCGCGGCGCGGCGCCGCCAGCGAGAGGCGCGGCGUCGCUGCCGGCCGCGAAGGCGCCGCUGGAGGUCUCCGACUCCUUCGCGCUGCCUCUCGUGAUGCCCGAAGCAACCUGGCGGCGGCUGCAGGCGUGGAAAGCGUGCAUCGCGCCGAAGGGGCCUGCGCGUGCAGAGGGGCGCGGCGAGAGGCCGCCGCCGAGUGCAGACGACACUGCGCCACGCUCUGCCUCUUCUGCCUCUUGCGCGGCGCGUCUCGCGGCGCCGCCGGCCUCAGGCCCGGUAGACGAAGGCAUGCAGCCGCGUGAGAGCGACGGCGAGGGCGGCGGCGAGCGCUCCCUCUCCGCGCAUUCGUCUGCGACCUCUGCUGCGCGCCUCUCCUCGCCGGUGUCUUCGUUCGCUUCGCAGAGUCCUGCGCCGCUGGCGUCUUCAUUUUCGUCGUUCUUCUUUCAGAAGCGCGCGCGGCCGUCUUUCAACUCGCUCUCGGGCAGCGUGUUGUCGUCAGUCCGCCUCACGCUGCUUCAUCUCUUCGCGCUCUGCGAGGAAACCGCGGCCGCCGCAGCGGUGGCCUCUUCUGCGGCGGCAUUCUCUCCGCCUGUCGCUGGGCGCGGCGCGGCGCCUCUGAGAGCCUCGGCGGCGGCGCAGAAGGCCCUCGCGGCCUCCACCUCUGUCGCAGACUUGGCUGAGUUGACUGCCGCCUGCAUGCGGGCCCUGACGCGACUGGUGUCGGCGCUUCCGCUCUCUGUGUUUCGCUCGGGUAUUCUCUUCGCGUGUCUGCGUCUCGUUGCGCCAUUUUUCCUCGCCCUCACGCGCGCCUUGCAGCUGCGCCGCUCCCGCGGCUCGCUGGAUGCGGCUGGCGCGCCUUCCGCGCCUGCAUCCGCGCCUGCAUCCGCGUCUCCGUGGUCGCCACCUUCCUCCUCUUCGUUGUCUUCUGCUCCCUCCGCCGCUGCGAGUUCUACGGACUCGAGCAGACAGGGCGACUUCUACUUUCGUUUCGUCGCCACAGUGCAUCAGACACUCGCGCCUGCGCUGCCGCCGGCAUCCUCCCCCGCCUCCGCGCUUGCCUCUGGCGCGGCGCUCGCCAGCCGCAGCCUCGAGUGCUCGGAGCGGUGCGAAAAGAAGGAGAGAGCGCCGCCGCACACGCCGUUCGCGCUUCAGCCGUCGCUGCUCGCUGCCGCCGGCGCCUUGGUCACGGCGGUCCUUGCUGUGAAGCCGACGCGAGAGGAAGUCCUCGAGGGGUGUCUACUCGCGAUUCUGCCGAAAAGAAAGCUCGAAAAGAACCCCGCAGCACUCGCCACUGCGGCCGGCGCGGCGGCACCGGACGCCGGCGGAGGCGAGAGUCUCUCUGCGGCGCGCGGGCCGCGCGGCGGCGCGAGGGCUCCAGGAGCCCCAGAAGGGGACACUGGGGACAGAGGAGACGGCUGUCGACCGCGCGGGGACGGCGAGGGCGAAGGCCGCGACGCGAGCCUGCGAGAGACAACCGACCGCCGUGGCGGUGACCGCAGAGGACAAGAAGAGUCUCGCAGUCCGAGUCAGCCGAGGCAGGUCUCGGAGGGAGAGGAGGCAGACGGCGAGGAGUCCUGGGGCUUGGCUGAGGCGAUCGUACGAGGCCUCGUGUUUGCGCUGCAAGCUAACAGAGAAGAAAGGCCGCGGCGGCGCGCUGCGACGCAGGAGGACGUGGGACGGGCGCAGCGAGACGACGAGGCUUUCAAAAACGACGCAAGCGAAACGCGCCCUGCCGCGUAUCCAGAGGGAGAAGAGGACGAAGCGGCUCGGAGGCGCGACGUGGAGCUGUUUCUGCCUCUUGUCCUCAAAAUCGCGAAAAUGUACCCCUUCGUUUUGCUUCUUCUUCUGCUGACUCCGCUGCGUUGCUCAGGCGCGCGGCAAGCGGAGGGGGACAGCGACGCGUCCUCCGCGGAGAAGCGCGCCGACGCGAGUCGAACGACAUGCGGCGAUGCGCGAGAUCAGCCGUCGCAGGCGGCGCCUCUUGCGGCGAUGCCGCCGUCUUCCGCGGAGUCUCUGACAGCCUGCGGUGGAGCCUGCGGCGUCUGUCGCAGUGCGGUCUUUGUGCUGCUGCGAGAGCUCCUUUUGUCGCCCUGCGCGUCUCUCCGCGGCCGCGGCUGUCAACUGGCUGCAGGCCUGCUCGCUGCAUCGCCCGCCUUCUCGCUCGCCGCGCUGCGCGCCUCGACCCGCCCAGCGACUCCUCUCUCUGCGAGUCUGCCUCCGCAGCCGCCUCCCGCGGGGCGGCGUUCCGCGCGCGACGCGGCGCCCGCCGGCGCGGCAACAGCAGAGAGCGACAGCCGCCGCCUCGCCUCCGUCCGCGCGCACAUCGUCGCGCUCCUUCGCGGCGCCCUCGCGGACGCGCUGGAGCUGGGCGCGUCGAGGAGGGACGCUGAAGUUCGAACUCCCGCUCGAAAUGAGACGAAAAACUGCGAGGCGGCAAGGCGAGAGGCGACAGCAGCCGCCCGCGGCGCCGGCGCACCCGAAGAGCAAGGGGAGAGAGUCAAACCGAGAGAGGGAGAAGUCACAGACCGCGAGGACGUAGACGCAGAUCCCCCCGGCGCCUUGCGGCACGCCAAGAAGGACACCGAAUCUCACGCGACGCUGGAGGAUGAGGCGUCGGUCGCCGCCACAGCCCUCGGCGUUUUGGCUGAGCUCUCCGCAGAUGACUGGGGAUACCUUGAUGCGCUCAGCCUGUCAACAGCGCAGAGACUCGCGUCUCUCUGCGCAGGCCUGACGGGGGCAGCGAGUCUCCCCGCUGCGUCGCCGUCUCGUUCUUCGCCUGCGACCUGCCUCCGCGCUGGAGCUGCAGCUGCAGCGGGGCGGGUGGAAGGCGCGGAGUCGAGCGAUGCAGAGGGAGAAAAGACGAGCUCGCCGGUGCCGCUCACUCCGCCUUGUCUCGUGGCGACGCGAGCCGCUGCGAGUCGCGCUUUGGGGCGCUUUCUUCAGUUUUCGGCGCUCGCGCUGUCUUCGCCUUCCUCCUCGUCCUCUGCUGCGUCGUCUGCGGUGCCUGCAGCGGCGGACGCAGUGUCUUUCUCCCCCGCGGUCGCCGCCUUGCCUUCCGUGGUGCCGGUUGAGAGCGGAGAGCUCCUGGCAGCUCGGCGUGAGGCGCUGACGGCUUUGUCGUCGCAGCUGACUCGCGCAGACAAUCUCGAAGUAGCGACGGCUGCCGCGCAGAGUCUCGCAGAGGCCGGCGCGCCGGCGCGGUGGAGGAGCUCGAGCCGAGAUCCGGCGAACGAGGCAGAAGCAGAGAAAGAGGAAGACGCUCUGUGGGAUGAACGAGAAGCGUAUUCUGCGUCGCCACGCCGCGGAGGAAGCCAAAGCGACAUGGCGCGACAGCGCGCGCAGGCAGGUGACGCGCCUGCAGCGACCUCUGCGCAGCGCGACAGAGGCGCCCGAGACGCAGAAGAAGGAAGAAGCCGAGCCUCGAAAGAAGCGAAGAGAGCAGAAGAGGAUGAGAGUUGUGAGGAGAGACUGUGGAUCGCCGCGCUGGAGAGUCUGAGUUCGCCAUCGUGUGCAGCGAGUACGAAUGAGGAGCUCGCGCUCGCCGCUUUGCGCGCUCUCGCUUCGAUUUCUUUCGGCAUCGACUGGCGCUUCUUUCAGCGAAAAGAGAGAGACGAGGCGGAAAAGACGCGCGCGAGUCAGCCGACCCACUGCGGGGAGAGCCGGAUCGAGGAGGCAGUCUGUGACGAAGGACGAGUGCUGCGGCUUCUUCACCAACUGCACGUUGUGUUCCUCGUUUCGCUGGACUCUGGCGGCCUCUCUCCGCGCGAAAAAGAGCUGUUCGCAGAGGCCUUCGGAAGGAAACUCUCAGUGAAGAUUCAGUGGAAUGCCUGCUACGCCAUCCGCCUCCUCUACAGCAACUGCAGUUUCCUCCUUCUGUCUUCGUCGCUGUUGAAAAAGCUCCGCGGUCGCCUCCUGCUGGCACUCGCGUCGUGUCUGCGCGUCUCCUCGUCCUAUAAGGUGCGCGUGCACGCCGUCGCGGCUCUGCGGGCGAUCUUCUCCUUCGCCUUGCCCCGGGUUAGGGUGCCCCGGAGGGCGUUUCUGUGCGAAGCGGGCGCCGCCGCUGCCUGCGCGGAGGGCGCCGCGCACAUCCUCGCGAGCGUCUGGAGGGCGCUGGCGGUGGCGGCGGAGAGCGGCGCAGCGAAGGCGACCGAGAACGCCGGGGAGGCGCCCGCUGCGCAAGCGAAAGCGCAGCCUGCCGCAGCCCGCUUAAGCCCCGCUGUCCUCAAACGGUACAGAGAGCAACUGGCGCACCAAAUGCAUCUGCUGCUGACGGAGUCGCGCCUCGGCGAGGAGACCGAAGAGGCGCUGCUGCGCCGGCGCGCGAGCGAACACGCUUCUGAGCAGCGAGGGGAAGCACCGGAACGCGCCGCCACGCAGCUCUCCAAAGAGGGGGAAACGGGCGACGGCGACGGACAUGGAGACGCGCAGGACGCGAACGAAUACGGGUCAGACGCCCGUGGAGGCGGCGCAAGCGGGGGCGAAGAGGAACGAGGGAGUGGAGAGGACGCAGAGGAAAACGAAACGUGCACAGAGGUUACGCGGGACGAAGCAGCCGAAGGAAUCACGCGUUGCCUCAUGCAGAUCGCAGGUGCAGGCUUCUCGCUGCCGCCUGCGCUUCACGCCCUGACGCAAGGAUGA